AUGAAUAAAUCCCUCCUCGCGUUCGUGUGGAUUGCCGGGCCCUUAACAGGGACCCUUGUUCAACCCUACGUGGGUAUUCGCAGUGACAACUGCCGAAUCCCCUGGGGAAAGCGAAAACCAUUUAUGAUUGGAGGUGGGCUUGCAACAAUCGCUUCUUUGAUAGCGCUCGCCUGGGUGCGCGAACUGGUGGGCGGGAUUCUAGGCAUCUUUGGCGCUGCUCCGCGCUCUCAAGGGGUUAAAGUAACUACGAUUGUGGUGGCGACAAUCUUUAUGUUUUGCCUCGAUUUUGCUAUCAACACGGGUCAGUAUUCCCCUUUGCUCACAUGCCUACUCAUUGCGGCUCUAUCUGACGCAAAGAGUAAUGUAGUUCAAGCCGCGAUCCGGGCAUUUAUCGUAGACAAUGCGCCAGCUCACCAGCAAGAAUCCGCGAAUGCCUGGGCCAGCCGGCUCACUGGUGUCGGUAACAUUCUAGGUUAUAUUUCAGGCUACUUGGAUCUACCUAAGAUUCUCCCCUUUUUUGGGAAUACCCAAUUCAAAGUGCUUUGCAUAAUCGCUUCGAUUGCAUUAGCAAGCACUCUGCUGAUCAGCUGCUCAUACAUCGCCGAGCGAGAUCCUCGACUAGAAGGCUCACCGCGCAGCGAUAACCCAGGCAUCAUAUCAUUUUUCAAACAGGUCUUCAAGUCUAUUCGGCGCCUACCACCUCAAAUUCGCAAGGUUUGCGAAGUCCAGGUCUGUGCGUGGGUGGGAUGGUUUCCAUUUUUGUUCUAUUCGACGACCUAUAUUGGGCAACUCUAUGUCAAUCCGAUUUUCGACGAACACCCGAAUCUCCCUGAAGAUGCGAUAACGGAUAUCUGGGAGCAGGCCACACGAGUGGGCACAUUUGCUCUCUUGGUGUACGCGAUUACGUCGUUUAUUGCCAGCAUGGUGCUUCCCCUGAUUGUUGUGCCGACUUAUCGUCCCACUUUACCAGAAGAGUCGGAUGCGAGUUUGUCCAACGAGAGGCAUCCUUAUUUAAUGCGCCAUCCCUCGACCUCGACGCUUUCAUUCACCGCGUCAGCAGGUCCAGCAAUUGAAACAAGUCAUGCCCCCGUACAGCCAUCGGAAGAGAAAAGGAGUAUCCUCGCUAAACUCCAAGUUCCCGGUCUUACGCUUCGCAGAAUGUGGUUCCUUUCCCAUAUUCUAUUCGCCUUGUGCAUGUUUAGCACCUUUCUCAUAUAUUCCCCCGAGGCCGGCACCGUGGUGAUUGCUGUUGUUGGCAUAUCCUGGGCACUUACCCUCUGGGCUCCGUUUGCAUUUAUCUCGGCAGAAGUUGCAGAGCGCGAUGCGAAACACAGGCUGCAAAAGCACCAACUUAGACGGAGAACGUCUGCCUCAGAUCAGGACCCGGCAGCAUCACGUCCAGGACCCGGUGCUGAUGGGCUGUCAACCCCAGAUAGCGAUGGGAGUGCAGACAACGAGGAAACUGUUGAUCAAGCCGGGGUGAUCUUGGGGAUCCAUAACGUUGCCAUCUCCUUUCCGCAAAUCGUCUCGACGCUGAUCAGUAGUGCUAUAUUUAAAGCGCUACAGAAGCCCAGAGGCGAACCAUGGGAUGAUAGUGUUGGGUGGGUCAUGCGGUUUGGAGGCUGCGCAGCGUUGGGUGCAGCAUAUUUUACGGCUAAAUUAGGAGAAGGUGUUGGAGGGAAGGGUUUGGCUGGAAACGGGGAUGCUGUGUAG